AUGAACGAGACGGAGGGGGGCGUGGCUUCUAGACCAGGCCCCGCCUCCUCGGGCUCCUGCAACGUUGUCGCCAGCCGCUUCCUUACGAACCCGACGUCGUUGCAGAGGGGGGCGUCAGGGGGGUGUCGCCCCCCAGCUCCCAAAUACCCCGGCUCCAUGCUGGUCCGGAGAGCUGUGUUGCCGGCCCCCCCAGAUGGGGGCUGGGGCUGGGUGGUGGUCUUGGCUGCCUUCCUCCAGUCCGCCUUGGUCUUCGGCGUUUUGCGCUCCUUCGGCGUUUUCUUUGUGGAGUUUGUGACUCAUUUCAAGGAAUUGUCCGGACGGAUUUCCUGGAUCACUUCCAUUGGGAUCGCCGUGCAGCAGUUUGCCAGUCCUGUGGGAACGGCCCUGAGUUCCCACUAUGGGGCUCGGCCUGUGAUUAUGGUUGGUGGGUUUCUCUCCGGGCUGGGACUCCUGUUGGCAUCGUUUGCUACCCGGUUGGUGCAUUUAUAUCUCAGCAUUGGCCUCCUUUCAGGGUUCGGCUGGGCCUUGGUCUUCACACCUUCCGUGGCCUCCGUGGCUUGCUACUUCAAGCGCCGCCGGACGCUGGCUACCAGUUUGGCUCUCACUGGCGUGGGGAUCUCUUCCUUUGCUUUCUCCCCGCUCUUCCAAUUCCUGGUGGACUCCUAUGCCUGGAGGGGCGCCCUGAUGAUCGUGGCCGGCAUGUCCUUCAACCUCGUGGUCUGCGGCGCCCUCAUCCGGCCCCUGACCCUCAAGGACGACGUGCCCGGCGGAAAGCUGACGCCACCGAGCUGGAAGACGCUCUCCGAUCUCUUUGGCCUGCAGUUGCUUUCUCAUUGCCCGUUCAUGCGGUACGUGGCGGCCAUCACCUUGGUCAACACAGGCUAUUUCAUCCCCUAUGUCCACUUGGUGGCUUGGGCGCGAGAACUGGGCUUCGAUGAAUACCAGGCUGCCUUUCUGAUGUCCCUCACGGCCGCGGCUGAUCUUUGCGGACGCCUCUUCUCCGGCUGGCUGGGCAGCUGCAGGUCAUCGCAGUUGAUCCACCUGCUGGUAGCCUGGACUUUCUUGACGGGCCUCUCCUUGCAGCUGAUCGCUUGGGGGCGCACCUACCCGCUCCUCGUGGCCAUCAGCCUUGGCUACGGAUUCUUCUCGGGAGCCCUGACACCCAUGGUCUUCUCCAUUGUUCCGGAGAUCGUGGGCAUCGAGAACAUCUUCAGCGCCAUGGGGCUGCUGCAGAUGAUCGAAAGCGUUGGGGGGCUGUUGGGAUCCCCCCUGUCGGGUUGGCUGCGAGACCUCACCGGCAACUAUGCGGCCUCCUUCCUUGCCGCCGGCUCUUUCCUCUUGGCCGGGAGCCUCGUCCUGAUGACGGUGCCCAAUUUCUCCACCUGCCUGACCCAGCCGGAUUGGCACGAUGCCCGGCUUGGCAGAGAGUCCGGGGAUUAUGAUAGCCGCUUGACCUCGGUGGCUUCUGCAGGCCUAUCUCCCAAAAAGGGGGGGCCGGCGGCUGAGCAGACCCCCGUUGAAGAGCUGAAUGGCUGCAGGAAUCCAAAGGCGGGAUUUGAAUCCAGAGCAGAGAUGGACGGCUCUGUUGAGCAGAACUUGUGUGCAUUUGAUCGAGUGUGUAAAGGCUCAAGCAAGAACCAGGGGUUAUUUGUCACAGCAACAUAAAAAGCCCCGUUGUUACUAC